UUCUAAACGAAUUGCAUAGUAGUUGAAUAAAUAUAGUAAUUGUUUAUUAAAUAAAAUAACAAUCGAAUCUUAUAUUUUUAACUCUUUAAAUUCAAUAUAUAGAAAUAAAAACAGAAUAGGAAGUCUUUGAAAAUGGUUGAACGUACUUCGGAUGUCUCAUCUUUGUCAGAGGAAGACGACAGCGACGCCAUUUUUCAGCAACACGUGGAAAACUUCAAACUGUUUCGACGGAACAUCCGUUUGUUUUUGGAGGACACUAAAGCUGAACUGCGCAAUAUUCUCCGAGGUGGAGGCGACCGCGACGCGAAAGAACGUUACUUGCGUCAGAUCAACGGCCGUUUGGAACUUUUGGAAGACGACAUGCGUCAGGCGCUUCAGAGGCACGUCAAUCGCAACCGUGCAGUCUGUACGCAUAAAAUUUGGACGUUAGAAGAACUGAUCUUGGAUCGGACAGAGAUGCAACUAGUGAACGCGACGGACGAUAACGAUAGAUUUAAUCUAAUGGCGCGGUCCGAACUUCAGCAGCAUUCCAGUAUCGUUGACCAUCAACAACACUCGUGGCCCGCACUACGCCAAGAAUCGGCGCCGCCCAAGAGUCCUAAAAAAUGGAAAACAUUCGACGCCAACUGUAGCCGCCCAGCGAUGAUGGCCUCGCCCGUCCACCAGCCAAUAUUGCACGACGUGAUAUUUCAUAUAAGAACGCCAUCUCCGCCAAUCGAACAAAGAGGCGAAAAAAUAGGAAGCGAAUACGACGCUGAUGAAACGGAAGUACGUGGACGUGACGACUCGCCGCUGAGUAGUGACUUUGGCAACGACGAAAACUUUGGGCUUGUUGAAUUGGAAAACGGGGCGUGGGUACCUCCUUUUUUGGCCGGCAUCAAACCUAGAUGGAAAAAACUAUGUCCCUGCGGAAUACCAGAAGCCCGGGUGCCGGUCUCGUGGAGCCGAUAUAUGCACGAAGAGUUGGACGCCGGAGCCGGUGAGCUCAAUGUGCCCAAAUGGUUGCUGCCGGACGCAGUGAAGCCAGUGAACGAUAGGUUUGCAUACAACGUGCUGAAAUUCGGCGAAGAACUGUAUUACAACGAGUACCUGGUCGGUGUGCGGCGGUACGCGUGCACAGAACUAGGCAUAUCGGAAUCGGGUGUCCGAUGGUUCCAGCGGCAGGUGUUUGUCGCCGUGCUGAUGCCAUCCGGUACCAAAGCUAUCGGUUACCUGGAAGUGGAGCCAGCACAGGCCGGAAGACAUUUGGCCGCUGACGGCCGGCUAAGCGAAUCCGAGCGUUCAGUCGAAUAUGGCGUGUCCAAAAUUUGGGUUCACGUCAAGUACAGACGCCAGCACGUGGCCACUGAAAUGCUCGAUUUCUUUCGGGAUCAAUAUCAAUUAAUGAAAACGGAAAUCGCCUUUGCGUCGCACGAUACUUACAACGCCAAGUUCAUACAAAAGUACACUGGAGGUAGUCCGGUAGUAAUUUAUACUCAAAGUACGGCAUGGAACCGUUAAAUGAGAAUUGUUAAUUUUUAACUGUUAAUGAAAUGAAAAAUAUAAAUAAUCAUCAUUGUUUUACAUUUAUAUCCAUUUACAUCGUGGAGUAUACAAAUUAUUGUUUUGCCAUUGAAUUAGUUAAUUCAAGCUCAACAUUCAUAUAUGUAAAUAGUAAA